AGUUUUUACCGAGACCACAAUUAUCAUCCAGUGAAAACGCUUCUUACGCACCAAAAUGGAUAUUUAGAGAGUGCUCUGCCCAGUGUGUCCAAAGAUCUUCAAUCGUGAUCACGCCGGAGCACCAGGAUGAGAGCAAAGGAUGUUUGACUUCAAAACCUGCCUCCUGGAUCUUAUUCGUGGCGUCCAAGUGAGCCCCAAGCCGAAGAAGAGCCUGAAGGAGAUGUCAACGCAGUACUCGAGCAAUUUCAUGCAGAAAUACAACGAUGUCAACAUAAUUCAUUUCAACGAGAAUAUGUCCAUGGCCAGCAAGGGCAGCACCCUCAAGUUCUCACCACGAGCUCGGGUUCCGGGAGCUUUCAGGACCAGUCCUAUCAGCAAUAGUUUCUCCAUUCGUAGUAAAUCUGGGAGCAUCUUUGACGGCGCUUGUUACGAGUUCAGCUCAGACGAUCGCGCGUCAGACGACACACUGACUUCUUGCACGGAGGACACGGACGAUGGUGAGGAGGGUGGCCGAUUCAGCGACACAAGAGCCACCGCCAGUCCAAUGGAUUCCUUCUGUACACUCUGCACAUCUAGCUUCAGUUUCAACAACUGCAAUGCUUGCGAGGGCAGCGCUUGCAGCUCCAAAUGUAGUGCAGACAGUAAUUGUUUCUGCUGCCUGGAUCGCAGCAUCGGCAGGAUGGAAUGCUUGAGUUGCUUCACGGUGUUGUUGAGGAUUUGCAUGCGUGCCUCCGACAGCACUGAAAAUUCCACGAUGUUUGGUGAAAAUGACACGGAAAGCGGCAGUGGAUGGAAUGAGGAAAACAGCAAGAGCUUCACCUACUACGGUGGAAGGCGUGUUAGUGCCAGAAAUACAGCUGUUCGCUGUCCAAAUGUGCUGAACGCCGCGGCAGACGGUGAUUGGAUCCUUGGCUACACGGAGCAUGAGGCCAAUUUUCGCCCGUGGCGCGCGGGAGAGAGUUUCUGCUACUUUGAACUCGUGCCCUGGCGUCAGACGCGCCGUCAGCUCGACAUUGUGCGAACAGUCGCGUGGGAGCCGCCGCUGGCGAGCCCGGUGGACAAGAUUGACCGGCGACACGCGAAGCGAUGCCACCGGAUUGAGGAGGAGCGCUCGCACAGGUUACUAAAGCGGCGUCUGCAGCAUGAGAGGAACGUGAAGCGACACAUCCGAGUACGCAUCAUGAUUGCCAUGGAGCUGAGAAACCGCUCCAAGGAGAUUCCCAUUCCGCCACGGAUCAGACCACGACACUUCAACCGCAUGCGAGAGCGAUCUGACACCUCGGAGAGCUCGUGGUCGGAGGCGUGUAUUGAGGAGCGCAUCCUCCGCCACUGGGGUUACUUCAGCCAGCGCCAGAAGCACUGGGGAUCGUCCGUGGGGGCGGAGAAAGUGCUGAAUAGUGAAAAGACUCUCAGCAGUAUUCCGUGGAAAGUGGAGACUUUCGCCAUGAAGACAGGAAGUGUGGUUGAAAUUGAGGAAGUGAGCAACACGGGGGAAGGAUAUUCAGUGAUUCGGAAAUUAUGUGAUAAUUGUCGAAGAACCACGGUGGGUUGCAGCGAGCCAGUUGAGUCCAGAACCCACUCCCAUCUGGACUCAACAUCCCAAUCCCCCACCAUGCCGUCCGUGGAGCGUCCGGCCGGAGGUGCGCUGGCCCUCCACUACGCCGCAGCGCGUGGAUGCUUGGACUGCGUCCGCCUGCUCGUGGAGGCGUCGCCGGACAUCAGUGCCAACACGCAGAUGGACAACGACGUCACUCCCGUUUAUUUGGCCGCCCAGGAGGGACACUUGGAGGUGCUGAAGUUUCUCGUUCUCGAAGCCGGAGGGUCACUGUAUGUCCGAGCCCGCGAUGGCAUGGCGCCCAUUCAUGCGGCAUCUCAGAUGGGCUGCCUUGACUGUCUCAAGUGGAUGGUGGAGGAACAGGGAGUUGAUCCGAACCUGCGCGAUGGUGACGGAGCCACACCACUCCACUUUGCCGCCUCUCGUGGUCACCUGUCCGCUGUCCGAUGGCUCCUCAAUCACGGCGCUCGCUUGUCACUUGAUAAAUAUGGAAAGAGUCCAAUUAACGAUGCCGCAGAGAAUCAACAAGUUGAAUGCCUGAAUGUGCUGGUGCAGCACGGAACCACGCCGGAUCAUCACAAUUCGGAGGGGAACUAUCGCUCGAAGGCCAGCAAGAAAUACAACAAUGGCUACUACAGUGCCAAACAGUCGUCACACCACAUGGCGGGCAAUCAGAAUCACGCGGAGCGCCACAAAGUCACAUCCAAGUCCUCGUCAGCACACAGCUCGGAUACAGAACCGUUCUACUUGCAUCCGCCUACUGUGCGCCCGGACGGCGUGUACACGCGAUCACGAUCACCGCCCGAUCAGUCGGUCUAUGGCCCAGUGGUGCCCAAUGAUGGCCUGUACGUGAACCCCAUGCGAAAUGGCUCCCUCACACCACCCAGUCCGGGCGGCAGUAUUUCUGGUGAGUCGUUCUACCUUCACGAUCCCCAAGAAGUCAUCUACAACAGGGUGAAGGACCUCUUUGACUCGGACAGCAGCAACAAAGACGGCAGUACUGGUGGAGGGCCACAUCCGAACGCCCUGACAGUCCAAGUGGAAGUCCACUCCAGCAGCAGCGGUGCUGGAAGUGGGUCCGAGGAGAGUCUGUCGGUGGCGUCAUCAGCUUCAGACUCGGCUCCCGCAAUUCCUUCGCUGAAUCGUUCCGGCGGAGCCAACAACACGGCCACAAAUCACGAUCACGACUACGAGGACAUUUACUUGGUGCGAGAGGAGGCCCGCGGGACGCCCACGAAGGCGGUGGGCGUCGCGAAGGGGGCCCAGGGAAGGAGUCGCUCGCGCGACAGUGGGUCACACAGUCGUUCGGCGAGCGCCAGCUCCAACCACAGCAAUGACAUCGUGGUGCAGUAUUCGAGUGGUGGCGUCAGCAAUCUCCUCAAGAAGCGCAACAUCCUCAAGGACUCCACGGCGGCCAAGGGCAAGUACGAUAUGCCACGCAAGACCACCGAGGUGUACAACUCUAAGAACUUCUCCGGCAGCAAGGGUGGCUCUCCGGUGCUCAAAAAUGAUACUUACGAAAGCGUUUGCGCACCGGAAGACACUCAGGAGCGCCUCAAGGUGGCUCAGAGGCACUCAACGGCCAAGGGGGCGGCCGCAGGCGGGACUGGAAGUGUUUGUGGAGCACGACAGCUCCUCAAGAGAGUCGUGUCGGCACCGAUUACCAAUAAUGAAACCAAGGUUGUUGGUCCUCCACCGCCACCACUUCCACCCCCUCUCAAGGCGCCCAGUCACACCACGAGCUGCAGCAACAACUCCCAGUCAUCCACCAUGUCCACCACUGGCUCCUCGCACUCCAUGGACAACCAGGUGGCGCAGAAUGAGGUGGAAAGUCCACCCGACUCGGACUCUGGCCUCGAAGUUGUCGAGGAGCCAACACUCAGACCUUCGGACCUCGUGCGAGGGAAUCACAAUCGCAGCAUGUCGACAGUGUCCGCAAAUAAGAAAGCCAAAUUGAUCAACGGCAGCGGCAGCCACUUGGAGGAGAGUCAGUGUUAUUCACACCUUGGCGGUGAACGGCCCAGCUCGCGUCCAGGUGGACCGAAUCUCGUCAAUAAACAGCUUGUGCUGCCAUUUGUGCCGCCCAGUUUCCCUAAUGGGUCAAUGUUGGACGGCUCAAAUCACCUGAUCAAACCAUCAGAGUAUCUCAAGUCUAUCAGUGAUAAACGGUCCAGUGCAUCCUCAGCGAGGUCCACGGACACGGAGGAUUAUAUGCAGUUGUCGCAGACGACAUCACCGCUUCCACCCGCCGUUCCGGAUCCACCUCGGCCUCCGCCACCGCCACCGGCGCCCCCGUCGCAGUGCGCCGUGCCGCCCAAGCAGGCCCCAACGCAGCCGCCGGCGCAGGACACGGCCACGAGGAAGCAACAACAGCCGCUCUCGGCGAUCUCCAUUCAGGACCUCAACAGCGUGCAGUUGCGUCGAACGUCGGACAAAAUGCUGGGAAAGACGUUUUCGGCUCCCACGCGGAGCAUGAGCAUGCAGUGUCUGUCGAGCACAAAUGAGUCCUUCCUGUCGCAGAAGACGGAUCUAAUAGCGGAGUUGAAGCUGAGCAAGGACAUUCCUGGGAUCAAGAAGAUGAAGGUGGAACGUGCCAAGAUGGAGAAUCGCCACGAGAAGGAGUUGUACAUGGACAUUUCUAAGCAGUUCACGGCUUCAAAUUUCGUAGAACAGAAAUGUUCACAGGUGCCGGAUAAGGAUCAGGCGGGCAACAUUAUUCCGGACUGGAAGCGACAGAUGCUGGCGAAGAAGGCGGCGGAGAGGGCUAAGAAGGAAUUUGAGGAGAGAAUGGCUCGUGAGGCGGAAGAUCGGCGACUCCAGGCGAUUCCACAGUGGAAGAGAGAUCUGUUAGCCAGACGAGAGGAAGCGGAGAAUAAACUGAAAGCUACCGUUUAUACGCCACGUGUGGAAGAGAGCUCCCGCCUGUCCAACAGCUGGAGACUCGCCCAGAGAGCCAUGUCCAUUGACAACAUCAGCUUCUUGCCCAGCGGUGGCGAGGAGAAAAUUCUGUCCAACAAGGAGAACACCAACGGCCACGAGGAGUCAUCACCAGUGAAUGGGACGUCUAUGAAUGGAUCUGUGGAGCAGAAUCUGCACAAGGAGCCGGCACAGCAGGACGAGAAUGAGAAUAUCAUCCCUUGGCGGGCGCAACUGAGGAAAACCAACAGUCGGCUCAGUCUAAUCGGAUAGUUUGUGAUUUGCAGGCGAUUUAUAGCUGUGGACAAGAUAUAUAAGAAGAGUAAUGAAUAUCAAAGAUAAGAUGCAAUACUAGGCGUUAAAGCAUAGGAAGAUUUUACUGUAAAUCAUGUUUUCUUAUUCAUACCGUUUCUACAUAACUGACAUUUAUUAUUAUAUUAUAUGUGAUUUUUGUCUCUUAAUAAAUAUAGUUGCGACUAGAGCAGCUAUUUCUAGCCCGUAGAGAGCGAAAUGCGAUGAAAAUGUGAGAGAAAAUUGAGGAAAAACUACUGUAACGUGUGUAAUAUAGCGCAAAAAUAGUUAAAUACUGGCUUCAAAAUCAUUUGUAAUGUUUAACGUAAAUAACUACUAUAUAAAUUGGGCGGGGUACAGUAUAUGAAGUGUAAUUUUAUAGA